ACGCGUCGCGGCGCGCUUCACGUACAGUGGGAUACACUGUCUUUCAUUACCUUCAGCAGUAAUGGCAAAACGCAAAGUGGUUGUUGACGACGACGACGCGCUAGAUACUCUGUCUCAACACUCCAAGCGUCCCAGGACUAUUGAUAGCGACGAUGAGGUCGUUUUUGACCAGUCGCGACACCGCAAUAGAAAGCCUGGCAAUGGCAAUGGCAAGGCGCGCCAAGAGGAUAGCGAUGAAGACGAUGAAGAUCUAGCCCAGGAGGAGCACAAUGAGGAAGAGGAACAACGCUUCGAAGAACUCAAUGGCGAGGCCAUUCGCCAGCGCCUCGAGCAGAAGCGUAAUACCUUUGGUGGUAUUGCAGAGCACGGGAUCAUCGAGUCUAUUGAGAUGCACCAUUUCAUGUGCCACAAGCGACUUACUUUCACGUUUGGACCUCAGAUUAAUUUCAUUAUCGGUGGAAAGAGUGCUGUCCUAUCUGCGAUCACAAUUGCACUUGGAGGAAAAGCAAACUCGACGGGACGCGGCAGUGGCCUGAAAUCUUUCAUUCGUGAAGGCCAACCGAUAUCUGAAAUCACCAUUUCGCUCAAGAACCAGGGCGAAGAAGCAUAUAAGCCCAAAGAGUACGGAAAGAGCAUUGACGGAUCAUCUUCAUGGAAAAUCAAGAGUAAGGAUGGCAAGGUUGUGUCCACAAAGAGAGACGAGCUUUCAGCCAUCUGUGAUCACAUGAACAUUCAAGUCGAUAAUCCCAUGAAUGUCCUUAGUCAAGAUGCUGCUAGACAAUUUUUAAGUGCUUCACAUCCCUCCGAUAAAUACAAGUUCUUCCUGCGAGGCACCCAGCUAUCGCAGCUUUCUGAGGAAUACGAUGCUUGCCUUGAUAAUAUCAACCAGACUAAGAAGGUGCUACACCAGAAAAAGCAAGUUCUACCCGACCUACGCGCCGCAUUCAAGGAAGCUAGCGUGCGCUUUGAAGAAGCAAGUAAGGCAAGAGAGCAGCGCUGCAAGGAGCUUGCCUGGGCUCACGUCGCAGCGAAGCAAGCGGAAAUGGAGGAGAAGCUUGAAGAAGUUGCGAAGGCAGAACGUCGCUUGCCCAAAAUCGAGGCCGAGAUGAAGACAGCCGAGUCCCAAUUCCAACUUGCCUCCGAUGCUGUAGUACAAUUCGACAAGGAGCAUGCUGCACUUGGCGACAUCGAUCACCUCACCAAGCAACGCGAAGAUCUGCAAGAAAAAAUGCGCAGUAACCGGGUGAAGAUAGGAAAUUUCAAGAAUGACGAGAAAACAAUGAACACUUCUCUUAACUCUCUCAAUACUGCCAUUGAGAACUAUAGGAAAAAUAUUGCUGAAGAAGAGCGUCGUCUCGCUGCAGAUACACAAGUAAAACGAGACGAGCUUAACCGAAAGCUGGAGUCCGCCAGAACAGAUGUCACGAACACUGAUCAAGCGCACAAGGACUUCCUUGAAGCCAAGCGUCGAAAAUUGGCUGAGCAGGACGACAUCAAGCGCAGGGGGCUCGCCGCCGAAGCCAAGAAGAACAGCGCACAGGAGCGUGUUGUUGCGGCCCAGAGUAUGAUUUCUCAAUGUAAGGAGAAAGGACAGAAUGCACUUGCUCCGUACGGUCGAGAUAUCAAAGGUGUCCUCGACCAAAUUGCGAAAAUGAGGUGGCAUGGGGACAUGCCUGUUGGUCCGCUUGGGAUUCAUGUCAAGCUGAAGGACAUGGCGUGGGCAGAAUUAAUGAGAAUUCAGCUGGGAGGCCUGAUGAGUGCGUUUGCUAUCACCGAUGCCAGGGACAGACAACAACUCAAGAGGUUGUUUGACCAAACAAAUAAUUCUCACGUUAAUAUUAUCAUAUCCGAGCGCGACCUGUUUGACUUCAGCGCAGGAGAGCCACCCGAUUACAUUCCCACUGUUCUUCGUGUCCUGGAGAUCACAGACCCCUACGUCCUCCGCUUGUUAAUCAACCAAGCAAAUAUUGAGCGUACGGUCGUUGCACCCAAGCGUCUUGAUGCCGACAACAUCCUGAAACGAAUGAAUGGAGGAGGUGUCGCGUGGGCAGCUGAUUACAUGCGUGUCCAUCGAUAUGUCGAGGGAGGUGGUCAGUCGAUCAAAUUGCAGAGGCUUCCUCCAAAUGACCCCCGCAACAUGAUGUUCACAUCGAGUGACUCUGCCUCCAUGCUUAGUACUUGGCAAGAGAAUUUGCGGAAUGCAGAGGCCGAAUGUAAGGCUGCACAGGAAGAAGCUGCUCAGCUCAGACAGCAGUUUCAGAACCUGGCACGCGGAAUCAAUGGGAUGAGUGAACAAGAACGGUCCUUAUUCGAAACCCACCCAAAAGAAGAGAUGCCGGCUGAUAUCAUGGGGUUACAGAGCGCGCAAGAUGAAGCCGAAGCGGAAAAGGCCUCGAUCGUGCAGCAAUUCGAGGACGCUGUCGGUAGGAGAACAGUCAUCGAUCAAGAGCAGGCUACUUUACUUUUGGAGUUGAACAAAGUCAAAAGCCAAAUCCAUAACUUUGAAGAAGCACGUCAGGAAGUCCAGAAAAAAAUUGAGGACGCUGCUAUGAGUCGUCUUGAAGCCCAAACCAACAAAAAUCACUACGUAAAGAAGCUCGAGGACGAAACUAAAAAGGUUGAAGCCCUCGAUGUUAUUGCGAAACAGCUACAAGAGGAGUUCAUAAACUGGACCUCGAGUGCUGAGGAGUACUGCGAGCGGGUUGAAAAUCCUCGCAAAGUCGAUGUAGUGGAGCGUACUCUCGAAUCCGUUCAGAAAGCACUCAAAGAACGGGAGCGCAGGCAUGGCGCAACGGUCGAGGAAAUGACGAUUGAGGUGAACAACGCGAAAGCUGUCCUAGAUACUGCAGAAAAGGAACUAAGAAGUCUCGCUGCCCUGAAUAAUGCUCUGAAGAGGUCGCUUGUUAUUCGUUUAAACCGCUGGCAAGAAUUCCGGCGUCACAUUGCUCUACGAUGCAAGGUUGUAUUCCAGUACCAUCUUUCCAAUCGUGGGUACUUUGGAAAGAUUUUGUUCGACCAUGCCAAUCAAACGCUCCAGCUGAAGGUUCAAACUGAUGAUCAAAUGGCUACGCAAGGGAGGGACAAAGAUCCCCGGUCACUGAGUGGCGGGGAAAAAUCAUUCUCCACGAUCUGUUUAUUGCUCUCACUUUGGGAUGCGAUUGGCUGCCCUCUUCGCUGCCUCGAUGAGUUUGACGUUUUCAUGGAUGCUGUCAAUCGCCGCAUUAGUAUGAAGAUGAUGAUCGACACUGCCAAUGCUUCGGACAAAAAACAGUAUAUCUUGAUCACACCCCAAGAUAUGGGCAACAUCCAUGUCGGCCAGACAGUCCGUGUCCAUCGAAUGAGUGAUCCUGAGCGCGGGCAGGGCAUUCUGGCAUUCACUUAACCCUGUUUUCCCUCGUGUUUUCUUUGGUCUCGACAAGUCGUAGACGAUUUAGAUGCAUACAUUAUUCCUCGCCUUUUAUUUUGGUCGUGCUUUUCGAGUACUACACUAACGCUUCAGCACCUAAAUCUUAUAAUAUGCCAACGGGACGCAGGGCAGUGCCAAUGCUAGUAUAUACGAGCCAUUCUAUGGUUGUCACUAAGUUAUUCUCUGAGCAGUGAUCAUCCCGUGUUGUCCUCUGGGCAUCGAGUUUUAUCGCUCUACUGUUGAUCCAGAAAAUUAUUUGCUAG